UCAUAUAGGCAUACGGAUGUUUUACAGUCAGAGUUCACGAGACUAUCAAUGUGUGUAUGAGAACGGAAAAAGCGCGUAGGAGUUGUUCAGUUCAAACGCGGAUGAGGUAGCCCAAGCACAAGCAUAAUUUCCGUACACGCACAGUUUACAACCAUAGAGGGUUCACUAAAACAUAGCCCAGUGGAUUGGGAGUCACAUAGGUCAGUAAACGAAGACACGGGCACAUUUCCUCGGCUGGGGUGGAAGAGCGACGGCUAAAGACUGCUGACCUAGAAGGAGCCACAGAGAGAAACAGCCAUGACAGAAUAUUACCAGAUCUUAGGGGUCCAGAGAAACACGUCGGCGGAGGACAUUAAAAAAGCGUACAGAAAGCUAGCACUCAAGUGGCAUCCAGACAAGAACCCUGACAACAAGGAGGACGCAGAGAGAAAGUUCAAAGAGCUUUCAGAAGCCUAUGAGGUCCUGUCAGACGCAAACAAGAGGAACCUGUAUGACCAAUAUGGUAAAGAAGGCCUAACAGGAAGCGGAGGGCGAGGAGGAGGGCAUUAUCACAACGCAGAUCACUUCGGUGGUGGGUUCACAUUCCGUAAUCCAGAGGACGUCUUCAGGGAAUUCUUCGGGGGACGAGAUCCAUUUGCAGAUUUCUUCGUGGACGAUGACUUCUUCGGCGGGGGUCAAAGGCAGCGAGGGGUGAGCCGGAGCAGGACCGGGGGACCCUUCUUCCACGGUUUCGGGGGCUUCCCCCCCUUCGGGGCAGGCUUUCCAGUGUUUGAUUCAGGUGGGCCUCCCCUGCAGCACGGUUUCACUUCGCUGGGGCAUAUGGGUGGAGGGGGCUUUGCCACGUUCUCCUCUUCAUCUUUUGGGGGUAGCGGAGGAGGAGGAGGGGGGAUGGGCAACAUGCGCUCAGUAUCCACCUCCACCAAGUUCAUCAACGGCAGAAGAAUCACCACAAAGCGGUACAGCACAGCUAGAUUGUGGAGAAUGGCCAGGAGAGGGUAGAGGUGGAGGAGGACGGUCAGUUGAAGUCUCUAACCGUCAACGCAUGAUUGCCAAUGACAAGGCUGUUCAAGUUCGUCACCAACUGUUCCAUCAGUUCAUCAUAAACCCUAAACAAGAGACUAAAUAUACAGUGCCUUGCAAAGGUAUUCAGACACCUAGGAUUUCUUCACUUGUUUUGUGUUACAAAAUGGGAUUGGAUUUAAUUGUCAUUUUUUUUGUCAACAAUAUACACAACAUACUCUGUCAAAGUGGAAGAAACAAUGACUUACAUUUUUUUUUCUUUAACAUUAACAAUAUAAAAUAAUAAAAUAUAGUCGUUGCAUAAGUAUUCAGCCUCGUUCAGGAGUCAAAUUUGGUUUAACAAAUCACAUAAAAAGUUACCGUGAGGUCCCUUACAGACAAACCACAUGUUUCACAUGUCACGUGGAAUCAUUUGGAUCACAUAUGGAUUCACAUAUGGAUUCACAUAUGGAUUCACAUAUGGAUUCACAUUUUCACGUGAGAUUUCACAUGUGAUGCCCUGCAAACCAAAAUGGGUCGUUAUAAUACACACACAGCGCUUUUAACUUACAUUAACUUACAACAUUUGAGCACGUGAAAACCCAGCUGUCAAAUGUCAUUUAGAAUAUUUUACUUUUGAAGUGCAUCAUUUACAUGAAUUUUCAAGUUAAACAGUCACAGUCCGCUGCAGGUUUUAUCUAGUUCCCGGUUUGUUCCAGGGACAUCCCCAAGGACAUUCUUAGAACAUUGUGUCACGGUCCCCUGGAGGUUUUAUCUAGUUCCCGGUUUGUUCCAGGGACAUCCCCAAGGACAUUCUCAGAACAUUGUGUCACGGUCCCCUGGAGGUUUUAUCUAGUUCCCGGGUGUGUUCCAGGGACAUCCACAAGGACAUUCUUAGAACAUUGUGUCACAGUCCCCUGAAGGUUUUUGUCUAGUCGCAGUGAUCGUGUGUUCACGUGAAAUUCAUGUGUUUUUUUCCCAUAAGGGGUCCACCAGUCAAGUAUUGAAUUUCAAGCACAGAUUCAACAACAAAGACCAGGGAGCUUUUCAAACGGGUAGUGAUUAGUAGACGGGUAACAAUAUUGAAUCAGACAUUGAAUAUCUAUUUCAAGUAUGACCUAGUUAAUAAUAAUUAUGCCGUGUGUUAUGCAUUUAACCACUCAGACACCUAAAAAAAAAUAGCCAUCCUUCUGAACUGAGUUGCAGGACAGGAAUGGGACUGCUCAGGGAUGUUAAGGGGGGCAUUGGUGAUUUUUAAAGAGCUACAGAGCUCAGUGGCUGCGAUGGGAGAGAACUGAGGGUGGAUCAACAACAUUGUAGUGACUCCACAAUAAGGACCUAAAUGACAGAGUCAUAAUAAGAACACAAAUAUACAAAAUAUUCCAAAACAUGCAUUUUGUAUGCAACAAGACACUAAAGUAAUACAGAGAAAAAAAAGUGGCAAAGGAAUACAUGUUUGGGGCAAACACAUCACUGAGUAACUGCCUCCUUAUUUUCAAGCAUGGUGUGGCUGCAUCAUGGUAUAGGUAUGAUUUAACAUGUGAAAGUACUGGGUUUUUCAGGAUAAAAUUAAAUGGGAUCAGCACAAGGAAAAUCCUAGAGCAAAAUCUGCUUCAGUCUGCUUUACACCAGACACAUUGGAAGAGGAAUUCACCUUUCAGCAGGACCAAUAACCUACAACACAAGGCCAAAUCUACACUGGAGUUGCUUACCAAGAAGACAGUGAAUGUUCCUAAGUGGCAGAGUUAGUAUUCCAAGCAGAUCUAAAUCAAAACUAUGGCAAGACUAGAAAAUUUGCUCUCAGGCCAUGACCCCCAAAAUUGACUGAGCUUGAAGAAUUUUUAAAAGAAUAAUAGGCAACUAUUACACAAUCCAGGUGUGCAAAGCUCUUAGAGACUUACCCAAGAAGACUUACCCGUAAUGAUUGCUGCCAAAGGUGUU